AUGACUGGACGUGGCAAGGGCGGCAAGGGUCUCGGCAAGGGCGGCGCCAAGCGUCACCGCAAGAUUCUCCGUGACAACAUUCAGGGCAUCACCAAGCCUGCCAUUCGUCGUCUGGCGCGUCGUGGCGGUGUCAAGCGUAUCUCGGCCAUGAUUUACGAGGAGACCCGCAACGUUCUCAAGACCUUCCUCGAGGGCGUCAUCCGCGAUGCCGUCACCUACACUGAGCACGCCAAGCGCAAGACCGUCACCUCGCUGGACGUCGUCUACGCUCUGAAGCGCCAGGGCCGCACCCUGUACGGUUUCGGUGGUUAA